AAUUUGAAUCCCUAUGCGACGUAUGCCGCUGGAGGAAUUCUUGAGGAGGAAGUUACUCAGCCAGUUGCAUCGAAAUCGUCUACCACCCUACAGCCUUCUUCUAGAAAUCUCACAACUGGUAGAACUUUGGACUCUUCCGCGGGAACGUAUGCCGCUACUGCCGGUGCCACGAGAAUGUACAAAACUUUCAAUAAAGGCUAUCCAUUAGAGCAUCAACAAUCCUACAUGCACCAGUAUCAUUACCCCGACCUCGGUAACCCCGAAAUGGAGGGUUUAUUGGAAACUACUCGGCGUGGAGCAAAUGAUACUACUACCGGAGGUGGUAGAGUUCAAGGCCGAUUUCUACCAAUCAACGACCCGCGAACUAUUAGAGGUCUCACAAGCCGUCAGUUCCAACAUCAUGCGCUCCUCGACCCUCCUCUACAUCAACCCUACAUCAAUAAUGAUUCAGAUAUUAUUGACGAUGACGAGGAUAUUGAUUUCUUUAGGCCGCAUCCUCUCCUAUCCACGCGGCGUAUCAACUCAUUCGAAUCACUCAGGCAGCAUGUUUUUCGUCAAGGUUAA